AUGCCUAUCCCCAUGUACAGCGAAAUGAAUGAUUACGAUGACCAUCAAUAUUGGGACCAGGAUUUAUAUCACGAAGAUGAAUAUUAUCCUCCUGUGACGCAUUCCAGGGAAGGCUAUUACUCGCCUCCUCACAGUUAUUACGAUCCUCGAGAUAAUGUACGAUAUCCUACAAGACGUACACAUGAAUCGGACUUAAAUACUCGAAGAGAGCCAGCAUUUCUUAGAUAUAGUCGAGUUACUCGGUCAAAAGAAGAAUAUCCUAGAGUCCAAAGAACAAGAGCUCAAGAUGCAUAUCCUCAAAGAAAAUAUGAAUCUGGAUCCUUUCAAAACUAUAGAGAUUAUUAUCCAUCGGACUACAGAGACCCCAUGCCCAGAAAAUACACGCAUAAUGAGCCUUAUUAUGAAAGCGACGGAGAAGAAAACGACGUACUUGAUGAAUGUCACAUUCUGGCAGAAGAAAAUGCACUUCGUAAUGAACAAGCAUCGUCUUUGUAUAGAUCUCCUGUGUCUUCACUCCCUUUCAUUCACGAGGGAUCACAAAUUGCUUUUCAAGAGCCUGGUACUCAAGAAUCUGCUUCGAAAGACGUACCUCAGCAACAACAACAGCAACAGCAUGAAAAAGAAGGGAAACAAGACAUACAAUUUUCCGGGCAUCAUGAUGAACAAAUCCCUCAAAAAAAAUCUCGCUGGACUUUUCCUACGCUAUUCCGUCGACUGGUAUUUACCAAUCCUGAAAAGGUCCCAAAGUCUCCAGUUAGUAUACGAACAGUGAUAUCCAAGAGGCCAACAGGCCAGGUUAUCGACUAUAGUGAGCAGCAGAAUAUUAUUGAACAAUUGAAUCAACCUCUGGCGGAAUUACCUUGUCCAGAGCCUCAACUCACACAGUUGACACACCUCAAGGAUAUUUGGGUAUUCCGUUCGUUACCAACAGGAGAAAACAUGCCAGUGUGGACAGGAUUUGAUUAUGCCAAUCAAUCUUUGCUGACAGAGCACUCGCAAGAUCCUCAAGGAGUAGAAAUCACAGAUUCACAUAUUAGUCAGGGACAAUUACCAGUGUUGGUACUCCCUCAUCGCUCUCUAGGCUAUUACGCUGUUAAUGCAACAGGCGACACAAUUGCCACUAUUGAGGUUACAUGUCUACCUAACACUAGAAAUGUCCAAUUUGUAUAUCGUCAGACGACUCCACUCAGCAACUAA